AAAUAUGAGUAACAUGAAAAAUUAUCGUAAAAAUGGUGGAGGGAAACGUCCACAAAAGAAAACAGAAUCUAAGGAAAAACCACAAUUAUUAGUACAACCUAAACAAUCUUAUGCUGAGUAUGACAAUAACGCAAAAAUUGAUGACAAAAGUAAAGAUUUUGAAUCUUUUAUAAACCAACCAAUUUCGAUGGAUGGGCAAUUUGUUUUUAAAUGUGAAAAGAAUUGGUCUGCAGAUGUAUUAGGAUGUUUUGACUAUUUUACUCUAGAUUUAAACUUACUUUCUGCUGCUAUGAGGUGCAUACCUUUUAAUGAAUGUGUUAAAAUAAAGGAUGAAUAUUUCACAGCUGAUCAAUUAACGAGUUUCUACAAUGCUGUUGAAGAAGGAAAAGAAAUUUAUAAUGAUAUUCUAUCUAAUUUAGAAAUUUCUAGUUCAUCUAAUACAAUGAAUUUUAAUAAAUCAUUAGAUAGAGAAAGUAAAGAAAAACUAGAGAUGAAUUUAAAUCUUCAAAAGUCUAUGACAGAUAAUAAAACAUUUGAAGCUCAGAUAGAAGAUAAAAGUGACGAUAGUGAUACAGAAGAAAGUUUAGAUUUCUUAUUGUCUCUUAAAUCAUCCACCUUACAAAGCAAUAAGAAACAAAUGGCUUCAACAGAUGUAUUUUCUAAAAAUGAACUCAAAACACAGUCUGCUACCUUAUCAACUAAACCAAUUGAUCUUGAAAUCUGGCUAGAUAAAAUAUUAGAUGAUUAAAACAUGAAAUUUGUAUAUUUGUUUAUAAACUUAAUCUUAAGAAUUCAAUAAUAAGAUUGCAUAUAAAUAGGAAAAAUAUUAUUACAAAGUAAUUAGUAAUUUUC